GGGAUCCCUUACGAGCACCCACAGUCCGCGUUGAAGAAAUCGGCGCCGAGAGAAACUGAUCUUCGCAGGGCAGGACGUGAUGAAGCUACAGAUUCUCUUUGUUUUGAUCUGUAAUGUGCGGCUCCUUCCUUCGGAAGAGACACCGAAACAAGAGAUGCAGACGCACAUCGAGCGUCUCCACGAGAAGCUCCUGAGCGCUGACGUGUACGACAAAACACUGAGGCCCGUCCCUACAUCUAACGAGAGCACGGCCACCUUGGUCGAGGCGUCCUUCCCUCACCGCCACAUCGUCAGCGUCGAACUCGAAGAGGGAUGGCUGACUGUUGUUGGGCCACUGUUGCUCGUGUGGACAGACGACGCCCUCUCCUGGAACUCGAGCGAAUACGGGGGUCUCACUUCCCUGGACAUUCCGGCGGGUGAAAUCUGGACACCGGAUUUGUCGGUCUUGAAUGCCAAUCCAGAAGAUUUUCACAUCGAGUACAACGAAGUGUACCUACAAAACAGCGGCCAGAUAUUUCAGUCUCCGUACGCACGCAUCAAGGUCCCGUGCCCCAUGGAUCUUGCCGACUUCCCCGGGGACGCGCACACGUGCAAGAUACGCUUCUCGUCGCUCGUCUACAGUGACGACAUGCAGCAGUACGACACCGUGGCCGACCUGGCCGAGAACGCCCUGACUGCUACAGAUCCUUGGCAGGACCACCAGUGGGAAGUGACGGUGUUCCCGGCAUGGGGCAGCGGUCAGCUGUUGAACAGGACGUAUCUGGAGCUGACGUUCCGGCUCCGGAGGCGUUCCUCGGAGUACCUGUUCAGCGUGACCCUGCCCUGGUUAUCGUCCGUGGUGCUGAUGCUUCUCGUCUUCUGCCUGCCCGCCAACUCUAGCCGGCGCCUGACCCUGUGCUGCAUCAACAUGCUGCUGCUUGCCCUCAUGCUGCGCAGACUGGUCCCGCUUCUCGGGGACUCCUAUAGACCACCCAAGAUAAUGUUCUUCCUGGAGGGCGCCAUGCUGCUGCAGGCCGUGGUCACCGCGAUCGCCGUGGCGUUCCUCAACGUGACGUCGGAGCACGUGCUGUUUCCGGUGGAGGUUCCGGCUUCCGUGGUCCGGUUGCUGACCGGCCCGGCCGCCGCGGCGCUCUGCCUCUGCCACCUCGACGUGACGAGACACGGAGCGGCCCACACCGCUCCACCUGCCCGAGCGGAUGACCCUUCCCUGCAGCAGCCGGUCACGAGGCUGGGCCAGGAGCGGGCCAGGGAGUGGCUGCUGGUGGCCCACGCGCUUGACCGACUGUUUGUCGUCGUCUUCCUAGUUGCCGCCCUUUGCGUGAUGCCGCUGAUGAGACGCAGCUACGCCCCCCUUGGUGCAUCGAAAGAGAAACGCGAGACUGGAGAGUGGAACGGCGGGCACACCCCCACCAAGUUGGCAUCGCCGGCUCGGUGUCGGACGAAGCGCGAAAUGCGGACGCUGCGGCUGCGAAAAUGCUCUCUCAUUCUGUGUAUCUUCGCCUUGUGUCUCGCCCAAGCACUCGAUGAUCGGGCAGAGCAGAUCAAACGCAUCAAAGCUAGCAUCCUGAACGCCGUCAAGUACCGGAGGACUGCGAGGCCGCAGACGAGCGCGAACGAAACGACCGUUGUUUCCUUCGAACUGAAGGCCCUCAGCGUCCCCGCUCUGACACCAAGACGCCGUCAUCUAUUCCUGAGCGCAUUCAUUUGCCUGUCAUGGAAAGACACGCGCAUCGGUUGGGACCCCGACAAGUACGAUGGCGUGGACAGCGUUUUCGUCAACUCCACCGAGAUAUGGACGCCGUCACUAAUCCACAUGUCACCGUUGGACUUGCGUGGAACCAGGGAUGCCAUGGUAUCGCUCACCAGUUCGGGAGAAGUUACGUGGUGCCCCCUCUACUCCAUCAGUGGGGUAUGCGAGACGGACAUGAGCGACUUCCCGUUCGACCGGCACAAUUGCGGCAUUGCUUUCACCAACGCCAUUUCGCAGGAGAAGGAAGUCAACCUUACGCUGGUGGGUCAGCCCACGCUUCCCGAACAGGAACAUUCAGAAUUCAGAGUUAUCUCCAUAGUGGGUAAGAGGUCGUUGCUGAGCUUCAACAUGGGCGAGUACGAGUAUCCGGAGAUCUCGAUCCACGUCCUGCUCGAGAGGCGCACUUUGCUGCACCUGUUCACCGUCCUGCUGCCCGCCGUCGCCGUGGUGCUGCUCUCGCUGCUGGUCUUCUGGCUUCCGCCCGAGUCCGAGCGCAAGCUGACGCUCAUUGGAGCCGCCCUGCUGACGUCACUGCUUCUGCUUUACCGAACGGAUGACAUCGUCUCGGGCUCUAGCCACGUGCCCAGGAUAGUCAAAGUUCUUGGAGGUGGAGUGUUGAUGAACGCACUCAUCGCGGUCAGCACCGUGCUCAGCACAAACAUGGCUCGGAGUCCGCCGUCCUGCGCUCUGCCAGUGUUCCUCGUCAAGCUCUCCGAGUUCGUGGUGCACCGGCUGCCCUGUCCCUGUCCUGCAGGUCGAUCUGGCGCUGGCGAUGACGAUGGCGGUGUGCAGAACAAGUGUUACAACAACGCCGUGGCCCGCGAGUGGUACACGGCGGCUCGCGCUCUGGACCGUGCCCUCGGCCUCGUCUUCACGGCCGCCUACGUCGUCCUCUGCCUGUGACGCUUCCCUGCACUGUCAAUAUAACUUGUAACGCUAACAAGCGGAUACCGACUAGAGUGUGUUCGGUUGUUCGCCGGCUCGCUUGCAUUCUCGGCCGUAACAGCCUCUUAAUUUUGAUUCCCGUACGUACACAUUUGAGAGUUGUAAAAAAGAACGCCAAAAUCGCCAGAAUGGUUUUUAAGACACCGCCGUUUAUGUGUCUAAAUGCACAUGCUCUGCAUAGACAUCUUCAAUGAGACUAAAUGUUAGAGGGGAAAGCUGUUCAUUAUAGUUUAACGCGACAGCGUUAAUGAGCUCUUGUCGCUGAACAUCCGGUCUCUACGCCAGACGUCAUUCCGGCGAAAAUAUAUUCGGAGCACCCAUACCCACACGCUCCAUGUGACGCAAUAAAUUUGCUGAAUUAAUUGAAUUUCUCAAGCUAAAAUGCGUGGAAAAGUCCUAAACUACGACUUACACGCAAACUACAGACAGGAUCGCUCUCAGAUUGCAAUUUGACUAGACGAGAUAACAUAAUUAUGUUACGCGGAAACUCAAAGAAACCCCUUUUCCAGCGUUUCUGCCAUUCACCAACCAGCCGCGGCGUCCGUUCGCUGCGCGCGCCUGCGCGCGCGUCUCGGGGGCCACGGAGCGGCGCGCUCGGUUCCUUGCAAUACCUCAAGAUGGCGCUAGCCUCCGUCACAUCGCGGCCCACGCAAGAGACCGCGUUUCGACCAGAGAGCCCGCUUACGUGCAUAACUUUCGCGGCCAGCGUUUCCCGGUACGCAUCACGGCUACAUACGCCCCAGUUGUCGGGAAGCGUGAGAAGCACUUGGGGAUCUUUGAGUGCUAUCAUGUUCUACUAUUACAGGCGAAGCUUAAGCGUCCUCCAAACUUUAAGCGCAUAUAAAGAGAAAUGUUUUUUUUGGGGGGGGACUGUACUAGUAAAUAGCCUUACAACAAUACCAAAAGGGUCCCUAUUGCCGUGAGAAGAAUCUUGGCUAGCCAGAAAAGGCGAAAUGCGAAAGACGGCUGGCUGGCAUUUGCGUCUCGGGUUUUGACGGCGGCUAUGCGAAUCUAGGUGCUCAAUCCCAAAAAAUUGUUAGAAUACUUUCGAAAAAUAAUACUUUGAACUUUGUGACGUCGAAAUGACGUAACAUAAACUGGAGUUCCGGCGCGAAAUAGAAAAAAAAGCUAACAUUUCACCUCCGGUUUCUCCUUUAAUAUUAAAGCAGCGUUUCUUUUCGAGCAUCACAGGUAUAGCUGAAAAAAAUUCCGCAUAUAUUCUGGAAGUUGAAAACUCGAUAUUUUCGUUCAUUUUUCUUGCAAGAACUUUUCUAGCGUGCUGGUAACAAUCAAUUUUUCCUGCCCAGCUGAGCUAGCAGGCACCCAUUAACACUGUAUUUGUUUUCCAAAGGCACCUGGUAUGAUCCCUUCGUUGAUAUGGUAUGUAUGGGAAGACGCUGAAGUAGUGUGGCGGCCAAAAUAGCCAAUUUUUUAUUAUUUUAAUACUUCGAGCGCUUUUGGCACCGGCAAAAGGGAGUAAAAUUGCUAAGGUUCAAAUUAUUAUUAUUAUUAUUUUGCAGAAUGCAGCAAAAUCCAGAAGGUGCAGACUAAAUGUAGAAUGGUAGCUUAGUUGAUGUAGCAUAGCCUAAACCAUUUGGAAUUUUGAAGGUUUAGCUGAUCGCUUGAAAAAAAAACCCCUAAAGUUCAAUUUUCUUGCAAAGGGCUUCGUGUUCAAGGUAAAGAAAAUAGCCUUGGUGGUCGGUCUAAAGGUAUCUGUGAUACAUCAUUAGAUAGAUAUGCAUGCAUCCUAUGCAGACGGAAAGUUACAAAAAAGGUAUUGUUUUUUAAACGCCAACGUUGCACCUUAGCAGGCUCUCUCGUACAUCGAGCAGCUGCUCCUACAAAUAAUAGCUUAUGUCAAGGCAGAAAGAACGCUACCGCGCUUUGACCUCAACCUAUUCGCACACCGAGUCGUGUUAUACUUCUAGAACAGAUCGUGCCUUCCAUUCUGCCCAUUCUCUUCGUAAGGUUGUUUUUCUCGGCACGCGCAUAUUAAUGAGCCCGAAGGAUCGUUCGAGCUGUUCAGGUAAAAAAAAAAACAGCUAUUGUGGAAAAUUUGCAGUCCACCGCGUCGACAACAGAGCCCGGAUCCUAGAAAUCUGAAAAAAAAAACAAAAAAACACUACAGUGGCACGUGCUUCUGAACGCUGUGUCCAGCGUCGACCAGCCGGCCGACAACGCGUUUUCGCGACGUCAGCCUGGCCCUAGCGGAGAACAUUGCCGAUGUGGUCUUGUUGCCAAUUUGGCCAAUAAGCAUAUUGCAGCGGACGGCGCUGCUUCAAUAAUAACCGCCGACUAUCCCAAAUUACUGACUUUGCAGAGUGUUCAGUUACCCUCCUUUUUGUCAUGAUUUCACAGAAAAACGAACGAAUAAACGAAUGGUCCACCGAAAUUGGUAGCUCCGCAUGCAGGCGACCUGCUCUUCAGUGCAACGGCAGCUGAACGCAGGUUUUCGUCUUAACGUGCCUUGCAUCGCUAUUCACGUUCGUGCUAUGUAGAUUUCAAAGCUUUCGUCGCUUUUCACUAAAAUACUUUUCAAAGACAGCCUUAUUUUCAGUUCUCUUGCAUGAAGAAUGGGUUGUAGUAGCAAGUUAUUGGGCCUUGGUCCUUCGUUUGAAAUUUCAGCUCUUUGCCUCCCCCCUCCCCCUCCCCCGUAUCCCCAGUUCCCCAUGUUGACUAACAUGAAUGACGUUUGACGUAAGAAAAGCAUAUAUGAGGUUUUUACCUGCCAAAACCAUGAUAUGAUUAGGAGGCAUGCCAUAGUGGGGGACUCCGGAAUAAUCUUGACCACCUGAGAUUUACUGUACCAGUAAAUACCAGAAUGUCCUGAUCACCGUGAGAAAAACUUGGUCUUGCCAGAAAGAGGAAAAGCGAAAGAGGGUCAAGUGGUGACGCCACGUGGAAUUUCCCACACCGGCUCUCCUUGCCGUCACUUAUUAAUCUAUUUUUUUAUCGGCAAAGAUAAACUGAAUUGCAACCAAAGACUAUGUUUAGAAGGAUUCUAGGAUAGUCAUUGAUCCACUGCGGCCCAAACACACAAAUACACACA